GGUAUUUUCGAUCGGUUCGAUAUAGUUCCGCUGGUCCAGGACGUUAACUAAGUUUAAAGUGAAAGUGUGUAAGAAGUGUGAAAGUAAAAUUAUUUUAAGAGUAUACAUAGUGAUUGCAGUUUGGCAUUGCGUCUUUUUGGACGCCUGAGCAGUUUAGGAACAUGGACCUGACAAUGAAUUGGGAUGGCAAAUUUGUACAUUUUAUAACGGAUGAAGAAAUGCUAACGAUGAACGUGAGCAUUUAUGACUACCCCCGGGAAAUAUGGUACAUCAUUCCGUUGUGGGAGAUAAUGAUCAAAACAGUCACCUUCAUUCCCGUUAUCACGUUCGGGAUAUUCGGUAACAGUGCUCUGCUCUGCAUUAUCUGCACUCUGCGGCCGCUGCGAACCCCGACAAAUAUUUUGAUUGCUAAUCUUGCCGUGGUAGAUCUGGCCACUCUUGUAGUGUGUCCCACUAUGUUUAUGCUGCAUGACUUCUAUCAGAACUAUGUGAUGGGAGCGACUGGCUGUAAGUUGGAGGGAUUUUUGGAAGGAUCAUUACUUAUCACAUCGGUUUUGUGCCUGUGCGCUAUAAGCUACGACCGUUUGACGGCCAUUGUACUUCCCAAAAAAUCUCGUUUAAAUAUUCGUGGAGUUUCGGUGUUGAUUUUUUGUACUUGGUUUGGAGGCUUUUUGCUAGCUUUACCCUUGACUAUUUUUAGACAGUACAAAGAACGCCAGUGGAAUAACUUUCUUGAGACAUUUUGUGCAGAAAAUACUAGCUUUCUUCCCCGGUACUGGCACGUGCUUAUCGGUGCCCUUGUGUGGUUUCCGUUGACCGUUAUGAUUUGCUGUUACAGUAUAAUUUUUCUGAAACUUGAUCGCUACGAACGUAGAGUUUUGAGCCGGGAACAUCCCAUUUCUGUGAGCUACAAGAAGAAGGUGGCUAAAUCUUUGUUUAUCGUAUUGGUGGUUUUCAUUAUGCUAAGAAUCCCUUUUACAACAUUGGUGUUUAUUCGAUACAACCGGUACGUUAGCGAAAGUACCGAUCAAAUUGGGCAGGAUUUUUUGAUCCUUUGGUAUGUGUCACACUACAUGAUGUUCUUGAAUGCAGCGAUCAAUCCUGUAAUAUAUGGGUUAACUAAUGAUAACUUCCGAAAAGCUUACAAUAAAACCAAGGUCUGGCGUUGCUUCUGGGAUAAUAAGCACUUAAACAGGGUUGAACCAAAACGGGAGCCCGCUGUUAAGGUCAUAGGUAAUCUGCAGCCUCGCGGACCUUGUGGAAAUGAUAAGCUGGAUGAUCUGUCUGGCUGGGUAGUUCAACCAAAAUACUGCCCGUUUACUGCUGCUUCCCGGGAGACUAAAUCAUCACAGUUAAAACCUACCACAGGAGACAACGACCGAAGUCCUUACUAUAUAAAUAAUUUCUCAUACUUUGGAGAAUUUCCAUGUAAAAUCAACACGCUUCAGUCAACAGGAUAUAUUUAA